GCAGUUCUAGAUAAAUCCAUAUAACGAAGUCCAAAACAUUUUACAGGGACCAAAGGAAACCAUUCUUUGUGUGAUCUCUUGUAAUCUUCUAUACAAGGCUUUUGCUUCGCUGUUGUGCCCAGCCAAACCAGCAAGCCUUCCAGCCUCAUUCUUGUACUGGUUCUUAAUUUCUAUUCAACCCCCACAGUGUAUUUAUCUAGGAAUAUUUAGAACCUAUCUUUCUUUUGUUACUGGUAGAUGUUUUUGGAAACUAAACUGAAAGUCAAUCCUUUACCGUAGUUUUCUUAACCGAAGGAUUUUUUAAGGCCACCUUUCUUUUUAACUCAAAGCUCUCGAAAAUGGCGUGUUUGGUAGCUCGAUCAGGGAGGGAGCUGCAGAGGUAUGAUAACCUGGGCCGCCGCCAAGUAGUUGGAUGCAUUCCAUAUCGAUUCAAAAAUUGCAGUGAUGGUUCCGUUGGUGAUGAAUUGGAAGUACUAGUUAUCACUUCACAGAAGGGGCAAGCCCGAGGAAUGAUGUUCCCUAAGGGUGGUUGGGAACUUGAUGAAUCUGUGGAAGAAGCAGCUUCCAGAGAAUCGCUUGAAGAAGCCGGGGUUCUUGGCAAUGUUGAGGAUGGACUAGGGAAAUGGAACUUUUUAAGCAAAAGACAUGGCACAUUUUAUGAAGGAUAUAUGUUUCCUUUGCUUGUGACAAAGCAACUUGAUCUUUGGCCGGAGAAGAAUGUCAGGCAAAGAAUUUGGAUGACUGUGGAUGAAGCCAGAGAAGUUUGUAGGCAUUGGUGGAUGAAGGAAGCCUUGGACAUGUUAGUUGAGCGGCAUAAAUCUCUGCAACAACAGAACGAAGAGCAUGUGCUAUCGUGCGAUCUCUGAGAUAGAAAAGAUUAGAUUAAUUGUACAUAACACAUAUAUUCCCAAGUCUCAACGCACCAUGUCUUCAUGGAAACAUGCAGAAGACGGGUCAAGAUCGAACUAGUAAACAGAACUACCUGUUGUUCUUUACUGAAUGCUCUUAUAAUAAUAAAACCGAAGCAGGGAAAAGUAGCUGAAAAACGUAAAAUGUAAAUGUUAAUUUCUCUGGUGAGAUAUUAUAUCCUUUACUUUCCAUUUAA